AACAUCCAUCUGGUGGCCAAGUGGCUGAGUUCUCUGGAGAAAAAACUUGAGCAGCACAGUGAAGGCAGCCACCAGGAGUUCCGCAUCUUCAUUAGUGCAGAGCCUGCUCCUUCACCUGACGGCCACAUCAUCCCCCAGGGCAUCCUGGAGAACUCCAUCAAAAUCACCAACGAACCUCCAACUGGGAUGCAUGCCAACCUGCACAAGGCUCUGGAUAACUUCAACCAGGACACCCUGGAGAUGUGUGCUCGGGAGAACGAGUUCAAAAGCAUCCUGUUCGCCCUCUGUUAUUUCCAUGCCGUGGUGGCAGAAAGACGCAAGUUUGGGCCCCAGGGCUGGAACCGCUCCUACCCCUUUAACACUGGAGACCUCACUAUCUCAGUCAACGUGCUGUACAAUUACCUGGAGGCCAAUUCAAAGGUCCCCUAUGACGAUUUGCGCUACCUCUUCGGUGAGAUUAUGUAUGGAGGCCACAUCACAGAUGACUGGGACAGACGACUUUGCAAAACCUACUUGGAGGAAUUUAUUAAGCCAGAAAUGCUGGAGGGAGAGCUCUUCCUAGCUCCAGGAUUUCCUCUCCCGGGGAACAUGGACUACAAUGGUUAUCACCAGUACAUAGACGAUGCCCUGCCUGCCGAGUCUCCGUACCUGUAUGGUCUCCAUCCGAAUGCUGAAAUCGGCUUCUUAACCCAGACCUCAGAGAAACUCUUCCGCACCGUGUUGGAGAUGCAGCCUCGUGACACCAACACUGGCGAAGGAGGAGGGGCUACGAGGGAAGAAAAGGUGAAGGCUCUUCUGGAUGAGAUUUUAGAGAAAUUAACAGAUGAGUUUAACAUCCUGGAGCUGAUGGCAAAGGUGGAGGAGAGGACACCCUACAUUGUGGUUGCCUUCCAGGAAUGUGAGCGAAUGAACAUCCUCACCAGCGAGAUAAAGCGCUCCCUUAAGGAGCUAGAUCUGGGAUUGAAGGGAGAGCUGACAAUGACAAGCGAUAUGGAGAACCUACAGAAUGCCCUCUUCCUGGACACCGUGCCUGAGUCUUGGACUAGGAGGGCUUAUCCUUCCAUGGCUGGCCUGGCUGGCUGGUUUGCUGACCUGCUCAGCCGUAUCAAGGAGCUUGAGACAUGGACAGGAGACUUUGUCUUGCCCUCUGUUGUGUGGCUAGCGGGAUUCUUCAACCCUCAGUCUUUCCUGACAGCCAUCAUGCAGUCCAUGGCCCGAAAGAAUGAGUGGCCUUUGGAUAAAAUGACUCUGCAGUGCGAUGUGACGAAGAGGAACCGCGAAGAUUUGAGCAGCCCUCCUCGUGAGGGUGCCUACGUACAUGGUUUAUUCAUGGAGGGUGCACGCUGGGAUAUGCAGACAGGGAUGAUGAUGGAUGCCAGGCUGAAGGAUCUAACUCCAGCCAUGCCCGUUAUUUUCAUCAAGGCCAUUCCUGCUGACAAACAGGACACUCGCAGCAUGUACCCAUGUCCCGUGUACAAAACACGUCAGAGAGGGCCAACCUAUGUGUGGACUUUUAACCUGAAAACUAAAGAAAACCCUUCCAAGUGGGUCCUAGCUGGGGUGGCACUGCUUCUGCAAAUUUAGGUUCUGAUUGACACCGAGGUUCACCAACAGAUAAUGUCUCAAUGGGAGCUUUGAACCAUUUCACAUUCAAGCAAUUUCUAAAAUAAUAUGCGUAGAGGAAAAAAAAACCUUUGUCUUCUUAACUUUUUGAAUGCGGGCAUUUAGCAAGCUUGGCAAAUGAAUUCUUAAGAGGAUGUAGCAUGAAGUAGCAGAUGCAUCUAUGGGAGAGGCAGUGUGGCCUAGUGGCUAGAAUAUCAGUGUAGGCCUCAGAAGGCCUAGGUUCUAUUCCCAGCUCAGUUACUGAAUGACCAUAGGCAAAUCACUUUAUCCUUCCAUGCCUCAGUUUCCCCAUCUGUAAAAAGGGGAUAUAAUACUGACCGCCUUUGUAAAGUGCUUUGGAAUCUACUGAUGAAAAGUGCUGCAUAAGAGCUAGGUAUUUUUUAUAUAUGUGACUGGACACUGUGGCCAGAGCCUCAGCUGCUAUAAAUCAGGGGAUUGCCAUUCAUUCAAUGGAGCUACGUGGAUUUAAACCAGCUGAAGGAAUGGCCCCAUCUCUAUCACAUCCAGAGGAUUAAAGGGCUGUUAGGCUCAAAUUGACCUAAUCUAUAUUUUUCUCUGUGUAGGUUCUGAUCCAAAGCCAGUCGAAGUCCGAGGGAGUCUUUCCAUUGACUUUGAUGGGCUUUGGAGCUGGCUAAAUUGAAUAAGCUUUGUAAUUCUUUAGACUCUGGUUUUUUUUUUUAAUCCAACCCAAUGUUUCAGUGAAGUGUGAAGAAAAAUUCCGAAAGCCAGGGAGCACAGUACUCGUUAGGGGAAUAAAUGAUUGUAAAUGAUGUAGGAUUCCUCACUGAUAUCUCUUUAGACUCUAGGAACACUGGAAGGAGAGAGAACGCCGCCAGGCUAUUAAUGAAUGAGGGAGAUGCAGUAAAGCAAACCAUUUCAGAAGGGUGAACAUUUCCUAAUAAAAUCUUUAUUCUUGGA